AUGCCCGCCGUCUCGCCUCUAUCUGCAGCUUCAACGAAGCCUGAGCUCCCUCGAGCCAUUAGACCUCCUCUGCAGUACUGCACUCCUAAGCAAUGGCGUCGGAUGCCUGACGGUGGUGUGUCCGCAGCACCUGAAGGAGAUUGCGGGAGCAUAGAUGCAAGGCGUAAGCUGGCAGAAGAAGUGCAGCUACUCCUGCGUGCCAGCGGAAGCCCCAAUGCUACUUGCAACAUCGUGCAGCUGCAGUGCCGCUUGUCAGAAUAUAGAGGGGGAAUACUAGACAUGACUGAGGAGGCUGCAUUGGCAGCAAGCGCGCUAAGCUCUUCACAUACAGAGCAUGGGGAAGAUAUACUAAUGACCCCAGAGCUUCCUGCUUCCCAGAUGCCGCAUCGCCUUCUGCUGCCCGACUGGGAUAAGCUAUUUGAUGCUACUGCUGGUGCGGCUCCAAAACCAGCUCGUCCGACUGGAGAGGCCGUUGCAGCUCUUGUGGUGAGACAAAAAGGCCAACGGAAAGCUUUCAGCAACCGGGCCUCAAGUGUAUCCAGUCAAGCAAGUGUGGAGAAAUCCGACAGCACCGCUACCCCAAGACGUCUUAGCUGCAACGAACUAAACGACUCCGUCGAUAGCCUGCGACAGAGCCCCCCUAUCCGCCCAGAUUAUCUAAAAGCUCUUCAGCUCCUGCAUGAAAGACAAAGACAGUGGCGGGCGCGUAAAUCGCAACAGCGGGAUAUGGACACACAGUCGGCACCGGAAAGCGCAAGCCACACGGAAGAGGCACUCCAGCUGGCAGCUCCACCCCCAUUCAGGGAGCUGCCACCAGCCGAGGCAAUAUUCUCCAGAGUCACUGAGUAUCUCGGGUGCCUUAGUUUGGACAUGCCAAUGAGCAGUGAGGACGGUGAGUGGUUUAGGGAGGCAGACCGCAUGAAGGAUCCCCAUUCGAUUCCAGUUGCUAGUGUGUCUGGGGGUCUUCUUCAUUCGACUGCUGUGAUAUCGGCUGCAGAGUCCCUAUGCACUUGGCUACUGUCACAAGGGCGGGGAGCGUGGGCAGCUAUAUCUGUUGUAGGGGUUGCGGAGACAGCAACGGCGUAUACAGGGCAGCCACACGGUGAGUCUGACCCAGAGAACAUAGAUGUUUCGAAGGAAGUGCACUAG